GCGGAAGUAAACACGGAAGUGCUUAAAAAGAUCAACACGCUGGAGGACGACACGUAUGCUGUGCCCAGUUUCAACCUCCAACAUGGAGACAGAUAGAGGGGUAGUUUUGGCCACAGAGAGGUAUGGCAGUGCAGAGUCCUGGAAGUAUUUCGCAAAGGAUGCAGUGAUGGAGAGGAGAAGAGAUGGAAGUGAAGGGGAAUCAAGAGGAAACUCUAUUGUUGGAGUUUUCAAAAGUGUCUUUCUGCCUCAAGGAUAUCCAGAGAGCGUCAGCAAUGAUUACCUGCAGUACCAGUUUUGGGAUACUGUGCAGGCGUUCUCCAGCUCUCUGUCAGGGACUCUGGCCACUCAGGCUUCUCUCAAAGGUGUCGGUGUUGGAAACCAUGAGGCAACAGUAGCUGCAGCCACAGUCACCUGGUUACUUAGAGAUGGAACUGGCAUGUUGGGAAGAAUCCUCUUCGCUUGGCAGAAAGGGAGUAAACUGGACUCUGAGGCCAAAAAAUGGAGACUUUUUGCUGACGUUCUCAACGACAUCGCCAUGUUCAUGGAAAUAUUGGCUCCAUACUUUCCUGCUUGCUUCACCCUGAUUGUCUGUACAGCAGGGAUAUUCAAGUCUCUUGUUGGAGUUGCAGGCGGUGCCACCAGAGCGGCUCUGACUGUCCAUCAGGCUCGCAGAGACAACAUGGCCGACAUCUCUGCCAAAGAUGGCAGUCAGGAGACUUUAGUGAAUCUGGCUGGAUUGCUGGUCAGUUUGAUGCUCAUUCCCCUCGUCACUGAUAAUCCGAUACUGACUGUCAGCCUCUUCUUCCUCUUCACCGUCCUCCACCUCUUUGCCAACUACAAGGCUGUGCGCUCUGUUGUCAUGGAAACCUUGAACGAGGCGCGGCUUUCGAUUGUGCUGCAGCAGUACCUGAGAGACGAACGGAUCCUGAGUCCACUGGAGGCCAAUCAGAGAGAACCAGUUUUCUUUGAGUUCAGGAAAACGGUGCCAAUCAAACUUGGAGUGAGGCUACAGGAGGUUGUACAAAGCCCAGAGGAUCUGAAUUUGGCUUUGAAGGGAAACAACAUGCCUUUCCUUUUGGGAGUACGAAAUGGCUGUGUAUAUGUUUGUUUGGGACCAGAAGCAUCAGUACGUGAUGAAAUCAGAGCCAUGUGCCAAGCUGUGUGGCUCAGCAGCAAGUUGAGCCCUCCAACUUCCAGAGACCCUCCAACACAAAGUAACUGGGAAAUGGUGCAUGAGAGUCACAAGAUGAUGGACAGGAUUUUCAAUCCAUUUCUCAAAGGUGUGGAGGCUGCAGGAUGGGACAUAAAACGAACUUUACUGGACUGGGAUGAGUGGAGGGUCGAGUGGAAAACAAAAAACAACUGAGCUGUGCGACAUCUGCAGCCAUUAUGCAUUGUUUAUCACGGUUUUCAAUCUUGAUCAAACUGAUUUAUUAUGUGUCUAUGAAACAAUAGGGGGGGAAAAAAAAUCUAUAUUUGUACGGAAAUAUUUAGAUUUUUACAAGCAUAUAUAUAUAUUUUUUUUUAUGUAAAUAUACAUGCAUUUACCUGGGUACAAAUCAGUUAAAAUGUGUCAAAAGAACAUGAGUGACUGCCCUUUUAGCGUUUAUCCACAAGGUGGCGGUGCAGGGCGUUUAUGUGCACUUAAAUAAUACACGAAGAAGAAACAUCCGUUGAGUCAAGUUAGUAAUAUUUAGAAAAUAAGAAUUUCCGGUUUGUGUAUAAUUAACAAAUUCCAGGGUUUGAUACAAGACAAACAAAAAUAUACUCUUUUCAUACUGCCAAUUACUAUGUAAUUAUUGUAAAAUGUAUUCUUUGACUUUGUUAAUGUAAUUUCUCAAAUAUAUCAUGAGUUUAUUAUUUUGAAAAGGCGGACCGGAUGUUACGGAUUGUGUUAUUGUUAGCUUUACUGCUAGCGCCAAACAACUGUUUGCAACAAAAUCUGUUUGUUUGGACGCAAAUGAAACAACAUUGUGAACUAAAUGGGAAGAUAUAAAUGUGCAUACGACUGCGAAAGCUCCAGCGAGUCAGAUGUGAAGUAUUUUAAGUGAGUAUUAACAUUUUUCACUCGUAAACACAACUAGAUUUAUGAAUAGUAAGCUAGCUAACGUGAAGCUAACAGGCAUCAGGUUUGCGCAUGCGUACAAUGAACCAGCUUUAUUGGCCAUGUGUGCGCAUGCGUACAAUGAAUCAACUUUAUUGGCCAGGUUUGCGCAUGCGUACAAUGAAUCUGGCCACUAGUGCACAGAAACAGACAAAUAAACAACAGACUGGAGGCAGACAUUAGUAUAAAAUAAUAAAAUACACUUCAUUGGUGUUUUUUUGAUUCUGUGGGAUAACUAGUCUAAGUAUACUGUUUUUUAAAAGAGAACA